AUUAAGACUCAUAGAGUGUUACAUGGUGGUAAGUGCCAUGGAGAAAACAGAGCAGAUGGAAGGAGGUGAGGGGCUGCGUUGCAAGUUCAAGUAGUGUGGUUAGAUGACAACAUUUCUGGAAAACUUGAAGAUGAUGACAGAGUGCACCCGGCAGAGGGGACAACCAGCGCAAAGGGCCUGAGCUUCUUUGCACCCCUGCGAUGGCAGCCAUCCUCCUGAAGACCAGACCCAAGGUGCUGGUAUCUUUUGAAGACGUGUCCAUGUACUUCACCAAGACAGAAUGGAAGCUUCUGGACCUCAGACAAAGGAUCCUCUACAAGACAGUGAUGCUGGAGAACUACCGUCACUUGGUGUCACUGGGAUUUUUAGCCUCCAAGCCUCACCUGGUCUCCUGGCUGGAACAAGGGGAGGGGUGCCAGGCAGCAGACAUCCACAGGACACGGGCUGCCGCAGGGCUGCAGACAGGUGACAGGGUAAAGAGUGGGACAUCGAUUUCAAAGCAGAAACAUUGCCCGAAAGAGCUCACAAGGACUGAUUUUCAGGCUGGUGACAAGAGCCACAUAGCCGGGCCGCCAGGGGAAACACUUGAUCGCACAGGGAAACACGCUUCUCCCCCACAGACAGGUUCCAGCAGGGGUGACCAGCCCAGGGAGAGAGGUCAAAGCGUCUCCUCAGGUGAGGGGAGGGAGCUGGGGCAGAGAGGUGACAACAGCAUUAGGCAGGAUUCGGGCCUAAGGCCACAGCGUUCUGUGGGCAAUGAGAAGCAGUACCCGUGCCAGCAGUGCGGCAAGGCCUUCGCGCACAGCUCCAACCUCAUCGAGCACCGUGUCAUCCACAGCGGCGAGCGGCCCCACGCGUGUGGCCAGCACGGCAAGGCCUUCAUGCACAGCUCCAACCUCAUCGAGCACCAGCGCACCCACAGCGGCGAGCGGCCCUAUGCGUGCGGCCAGUGUCUGAAGGCCUUCAAGGGCGUGUCCCAGCUCAUUCACCACCAGCGCGUCCACAGCGGGGAGAAGCCAUUCGCGUGCCGAGAGUGCGGGAAGGCGUUCCGGGGCCGCUCGGGUCUCAGCCAGCGCGGCCAGGUGCACAGCGGCGAGAAGCCCUAUGAGUGCAGUGAGUGUGUCAAGGCUUUCGGCAGGUGCUCCAACCUCUUCAAGCACCAGGUGACUCACGGUGGGGGCGAGGAGAGGCCCUGCGGGUGUCCCGACUGCGGGACGGUGUUCCAGAGCCGCUCCUCCCUCCUGGAGCACCGAUGCGCCCAUGGAGCCAUGGAGGCCAGGAGUCCGGCGUGCGCGGCCAGGCCUGCAAGGGGAAAGUGUGGCUCCGCCACCUCCGCAGAACCCGCGGUGCAGGGAAGUCCUUGGAGAGAAGUGACAGGGGAGAGGCGCCUGCCUCUUUGCACGCAAGGGCAGGAAUGUCCGGGGACAGUGCCAACGCACAGCGACCCACCGAGCAGCCUGCCGCCGCUGGUCUGGAAGAGGGCCCGCUUUAACGCGUGGGGCCUCGCCCUCCCCUCCCUGUGGUCGCUGUUGAUGCAACUGAAGCACAGAGACCUCAGAGUAGAGCCCAGAGCAGAUUCGUAUUCUGUGCUGGAACUGCCCAGAGUGCCCCUACCCUACAACGGUCAGCACUGGGCUGGUGAACAGGACCUGGUCCUGGGCGCUGUUGCCUCCAGUGAGGGGCAAGUGGUCCCUUUCCUGUCAUGGAACCAUUCGCUUUGCCCCAAGACUUCUUGGCGUUUCCAGGUAGAAGCACUAAAAGCACUUUAAUCCUUUCAGAGACCAUCAACGGAGGGGACGUUACGGAAUUCUACAACUAAACUGUGGCCCAACCUCGACAUCACAUCAAAUUCAUCAAGAAAUGUUCUGAAAACGGAGGUGGGUGAACGCGUCUGUGGACUGCUCAUGCCCAGUGGUCCAGCUGCAGGAAGCGACGGCUCCUCGCUGAGCCUGCUGCUCCAUGGGAAGAAACCGGCCACAGAGCCGUCAUGCUGACGCGCGACUCACUCUUUCUCCAGGCCAUUUGUCCUUUUGCCACAAAGGCACAGCCUUCUCCCUCCAGAAGCAGCACCCAGGUCCCGUCUACUGGGCGCCCUGGAGCAGGGCAGGACAGACAGGGGACACUCCAUCCUGUCCUCCUGCCCAGGCCCCUAGGCUCACCCUACUCGUGGCCGCCUGCCCCUCACAUGCCAGCAGCAGAGACCACCCUGGCCUCUCUGCCUCUCCUACCCACGCCCAGUGCCUAAAGCUUCAACUUAGCUGCUCCCCCUCAAGGAAACACGAUGGGUUCAGAAUUUGCACCGAGCGUGCCCAGUAACGGCUCUCUCAUUGGACCUUUUGUAUGACAUUUCCUAUAAAAUUGCAGGUUCGGUUGCAUUGAAUAUUUUUGCAUUCAGGAGUAAUGUAAGCUACAGAUUUUCGCUGUAAGAGGGUGUUGGUGAAUCGUUCCUUAAAUAAGAAUCCCACCAACCUCCGAGAAGACGCCAGGCAAGAGAAACAAACACCCAAUUGGUGUGCGAGCCAGCCUGCCCCCUCGUCUCCCUCCUCCCCCUUAGCGCCACAAAGGCAGGGUGGCCCCUUCAAAUGGCACUUUACUGCAGCCUCCUGCUGGCCAGGGGGUGGCGGCUGCUGGCAGGCUCUGCCCUAUUCUGUCCCGCACUGUCCCCAGAGCCGGGCUCAGGACUUCGGCCCCUGGGUGCUCUCAGCCCAGGGUCCUGCUUGGCUUCCCACCUCCUUCCAGCCCUCUCCAGCGCCAGGACCUCUGGCAGGCACUGGUAGGUAUGUUGGACGCCCCCAUGGGCCUUCGAGGAUCGUGUGUCCCUUCGCUGCCACACCAUGGGAGGCUCAACGGACCCUCAGGAGAGUGUGGGGGAAACCUGGAAAUACAGGGUUCUUUCUGCGCAUGCUUCUUGGAGCCCUAAUCACUAGGACGACUCCAGAAGUAAGAGAUACAGAUAGAAAGCCAUUGACAUCGAAGUUUUAUAUAGCUAUAUUAAAAUUAUUUUUAAACCCUUAUGACUUAUGGAAAGUUCUAGAGUUCUUGUAACUUGCUUUUAUCUCAGAGCCCGUUUCACAGGGUCUCUAUCCCAUUGUCCUUCUGCUCUUUGUGUCGCAUUUCUGUUUGUUGGCACUUUCAACACAUGAAGUAUUAGGGACACUGUCUUUGAAAUCCGUGGAGAGGACAUUGGGAAGUAGGUGCUUUUAUGAGCGCAAUCUUUGCCAAUCCCAGUGCAGAACAAAACACAGUCGCAGGAGGCCAUGCACUUGGACUCUAGUCUCAUUUGGUUCAACCGUGGCCUGGCCGGCACUGGAACGACGAGUGCCACGUGGUGACAACUAGAAAGAGAUCAGAUUCCUAGGCUCUGAUGUCUGUUUCCAUCACUGCAGUCAGUGAGCGGCGUCAGCUGCCCAGGCCGGUCAGUAACCAGCUUUACUAAAGAAGAGUUCCAGUCCCCAGUGGAAGCCCUCCCGUUGCUUGUACUACUACGUAAGCCACCUUCAUCUGCAACAUCAGCUCCUUUCUUCGCCUUGGGAUCCAUUCCCAAAUAUGACUGGAUGCACGGGGCUAAUGCACAGGUGUUUCCAGCAGAAAGCGGAUUUGCUGGGAGAGAUGCCGGACACUUGUGCUCCUGAAAGGCUCCAGGGCCCUCAAAUGCUUAGCCGGAUAAGUGACAUUUAAGAUAGCAACGCAUCUUUUUGUCGGUUCUCUGUAUAAUCAUGAGACUUUCGCUGCAGUGCAAUUAUCAGUAUCCUUCCGUUCUAUGUGAUGAUCAGGUAUCGUGUGGAAUAAAGUCACAGCAUCCAGAGAGGA